GAAGAAAAACAAAAAUUAUUUCUGCCACUUUGUAUAAUUUAUUUCUACGUCUAUUAUUACUGUGAAUAAUGAAUAUAAAGUGUUUAUUAAUAAGAAAAAUAAAUUUCAAAUCAUUCAAGUAUUUAUAUUAUAAUGUUCCUAGAGUUUUUACCAUAUAAUUCUGAAUUUGCAAUUUUUGCAUUUUUCAAACAACAAAAAUGAAGUCAUUUCACAAAAAUAGUUGUCAAGAAUAAGAUAAAUCAUUGUAUUUAUCGCUUGUCAUUUGGAGUAAUUUUUACAAACAACAAAGGAUGUGAUCAGUGAAAAGUAAUUUAAAAGCAAACAGAAACAUUUGCUUUAUUUCUCGCUCGAUUCAACUGUAUACCCUAUGCUUUGCAAUUACAAUGCAAAAUUGUAUAUUAAUCGGAGUCAGUUAAUAUUUCUUGAAUUUUGUACUUUUUUGAAACUCUCCAGACGAUUUUAGUUGACCAACAAAAUGCUGUUGGAAGAAUCUUCAAUUAGUGGUAAACUAUCGAUUGAGAAGUAAAAAAAAUAAUUUAUAUAAAAAAUGACAGUAAGUGGGUACGACGCUAUUCCUCACUACCAUUCAGGUAGUCGAGAUUUUUGUCACUGGUUAACGCAUAUCAAAUUGACGAAAAUUUUAAUAUUGGUUUCGAUUAUCCUCUUCAUUGUUCCACUAUUCGCUCAUUAUUAUUUAUCAAAGGUUGAGUCGAGUUCCUCGAAUUUGAACAUACAUCGCACUCGUUCGAAAUUGGAGGCUUUCGAGGAUUUCACAUCAAUGAAGGCAGUGGAUUUAAAGGCAAGAAUCGAGGAAAUGUUACGAAUUAAAGCGUCGGUCAGCAAUGAACUACGCGAUUUGGAGGCGAAACGUCAGAGAUUACAAACGGAAGUGAGUGGAUUUACGCAAAGAAUUAAUGAAUUAAAACAGGAAUUGCUUCAUCAGCAGAUGGAUUUGGAUCGUUUGAAAAUUAGUGUCGUUCAAGCGCAGGCAGCACAACGUGAAGCUGUCGAAAGAAAUACUCCUGAAUUGGCAUUGCCGAAGAGAAUCUUAAUCAACGAAAUUCCCGUUACCGUGCCGAGUACAGAUCCAAGAGGUUGUAAAAUGUACAAUUGUUUCGAUCACAGUCGUUGUGCAUUGACAAGUGGAUUUCCCGUUUAUCUCUACGAUCCCGAUCAAUAUUCGGUUGUGAAUUCCCGAUGGGAUGUGGAUGGUUUUUUGAAGACAACAAUUAAACAAACAUUUGGUUACAAUCCGCAUUUAACGGCAAAUCCCGUCGAGGCUUGCAUCUACAUUGUCCUCGUUGGAGAAGCCCUCUCGGUACAAAAAUCAAAUCAAAAGGAUAGAUAUCCAGUAGACGUGAAGAAACUCCACUCGUUACCCUACUGGGGUGGUGAUGGCAGAAAUCACAUUCUCCUGAAUCUUGCACGUCGCGAUUUGUCCGUCGAGGCUGGCGAUAUAUUCAAAAACAUUGAAACUGGUCGUGCAAUUAUUGUUCAAUCGACUUUCCAUAGAAAUCAAUUCCGGGACAAUUUUGAUUUAAUUGUACCGCCAAUAUUGGGACCACCGGGUGGUGAUGUUUGGCAGGAGUGCGCACAAAUGUUACCAGCGCGAAGAAGAUAUUUACUCUCAUUUCAGGGUGAGAUGAAAUCAUUGAAAAUGACAACCACCCGUCAGAUGGACGAUGCCGAGGCCGAUUUAGAGAAACUCGCAAUCGAUGAGAAUAAUUUGGAUAAUUUUAUUAUUCAACAUUUAAAAGACAUGAGUAUGGGAACGACUUUGGAUAGAUUUUUCAUUCAGUUUGAAUGUAUACCAGCGUCGGGUGAUGGAAGAGUGGUGGAAGUUUUGGAUUGGUCCCUGUGCGGUACUGAUUCAUCGCGAAGAGCAAUUCUGAAGGAAUCGACGUUUGCGUUGAUAUUGGCGCCGAGUAAUUCGACAUUGGUCACUACGUCGUCGAUACAAGCGAGACUUUAUGAAGCAUUGCGAUCGGGUUCUAUUCCUGUUAUUUUAGGUGGAGAUCAGAUAUUUCUUAGUUAUAAGGAGGUCAUCUCUUGGAGGAGAGCGGCGAUUAUUUUGCCGAAAGCAAGAGUGACGGAAAUGCAUUUCUUAUUGCGUGCAAUACCUGAUAGCGAUUUACUGGAUAUGCGAAGACACGGUAGACUCAUAUGGGAACGUUAUUUGGGAACUGCUCAGGGCGCUGUGGACACGAUUGUUGCAUCUAUACGCGAUCGACUUGGAAUUCCUCCUUUACCCGCUCCCCAGACUGCCAGUCCAAGUGUGUUCAACGAAAGUUUUGUGCCUUUAAAAUCUGACUCAAUAAUAUCGGAGUCAGAAGCUGAGGAGAGCCUUGGCCCUCUGGAGCCCCCGUAUUCAUCUCCUUCUUUCAAGAGAAAUUACACAAUUAUGCUCACACAAGGCUAUGAAAUGUGGAAUGACUGGAUGGAUCCAUUCUAUCUAUAUCCUCAACUUCCGUUCGACACUGUCUUGCCGAGUGAUGCAAAAUUUUUAGGAUCAGAAGUGGGAUUUAGACCAAUUGGUAAAGGAGCUGGCGGAGCUGGUAAAGAAUUUAGUGAGUCUCUUGGAGGAAAUCAUCCGAGAGAACAAUUUACGAUAGUAAUGUUAACUUAUGAGAGGGAACAGGUUUUAAUUAGUUCUCUCGCUCGACUUUACGGCUUACCUUAUUUAAAUAAGGUACUUGUAGUUUGGAACAGUCCAAAACCACCAAUGGAGGAUCUUCGUUGGCCCAACAUUGGAGUGCCAAUUCACGUGAUAAAAGCUCCAAGAAAUAGUUUAAAUAAUCGAUUUUUACCAUUUGAUGCAAUUGAAACUGAAGCUGUUUUGUCUAUUGACGAUGAUGCUCAUUUAAGACAUGACGAAAUAAUGUUUGCCUUCAGAGUCUGGAGAGAACAUCGUGAUCGCGUGGUGGGUUUUCCUGGACGUUUUCACGCUUGGGAUCAAAAUUACAAUAAUGCGUGGAAUUACAAUUCGAAUUAUUCCUGUGAAUUGUCGAUGGUUUUGACGGGAGCUGCAUUUAUACACAAACAUUAUACAUAUUUAUAUACUCAUUGGCUUCCUCAGGCAAUAAGAGACAAAGUUGACGAAUAUAUGAAUUGCGAGGAUAUUGCAAUGAACUUUUUAAUAUCACAUAUCACUAGGAAACCGCCCGUUAAGGUAACUUCACGAUGGACUUUCCGUUGUCCAGGAUGUCCAGUUUCACUCUCAGAGGAUGACACGCAUUUUCAGGAGAGACACAAGUGUAUAAAUUUCUUUUCUCAGGUUUUUGGAUAUAUGCCACUGUUGAAUACUCAAUAUCGAGCAGACUCGAUUCUUUUCAAAACGAGAAUACCACACGAUAAGCAGAAAUGUUUUAAAUUUAUAUAAAGUGCCAUAUUGUAUGACAUGCCAUAUUCCAAAAUUCUAGACUGAUCAUUUUUGAUAUCAAUGUGAAGUGAGUACAGAAUAAUUUUCUAUUAUCAGGGAUUUCAAAUUGAAUAUUUGAAAGUGUGUAAAUUGAUAAUAUGUAUAUAUAAAUAUUUAAUUGUUAAAUUAUUCUUUUUUCUUGUCUAAAAUCAAUAGUUGAACAAAAAUUUGUUAACAUUGGUAUAUAAUGAUAGUUAUCUAUUGUAAUAUUGUACAAUAUUUUCAUUCAAUUAAUUUUUAGC